AGCUGAGGCAAGCAGCGGGCAAUGGCCUCUCAGCAGACUAAUAUCCAGGCAGUAGUCACCAGCAGAGAAGGCCUCAAAAGAGAGCUGUGAACAGCAAGGACAUGCAAAGUGGAAACCAGACUUCUGUGUCUCACUUCAUUUUGGUGGGCCUGCACCACCCGUCACAGCUGGGUUCAUCACUCUUCCUAGCUUUUCUUGUCAUCUAUGUCCUCACUGUCUCUGGUAAUGGGCUCAUCAUCCUCACUGUCUUGGUGGACACCCGACUCCACCGCCCCAUGUACUGGUUCCUAUGUCACCUCUCCUUCUUGGACAUGACCAUUUCCUCUGCUAUUGUCCCCAAGAUGCUGGCUGGCUUUCUCUUGGAUAGUAGGAUUAUCUCCUUUGAGGGCUGUGUAAUCCAACUGUUUUCUUUCCAUUUUCUGGGCUGCACUGAAUGCUUCCUUUACACACUCAUGGCUUAUGACCGGUUCCUGGCCAUCUGUAAGCCUUUGCACUAUGCUACCAUCAUGACCCGCAGUGUCUGUAACUACCUGGCUUUGGGAACCUGGCUGGGAGGAACCAUUCACUCACUUUUCCAAACAAGUUUCAUAUUCCGGCUGCCCUUUUGUGGACCAAACCGAGUCGACUAUUUCUUCUGUGACAUUCCGGCUAUCCUCCGUCUAGCUUGUGCUGACACCACCAUCAACGAGCUGGUCACCUUUGUGGACAUUGGCUUCCUGGCCCUCACCUGCUUUAUGCUCAUCCUCACUUCCUAUGGCUACAUUGUGGCUGCCAUCUUGCGAAUCCAGUCAGUGGAUGGGCGUCGCAAUGCCUUCUCCACCUGUGCUGCCCACCUCACUGUUGUCAUUGUGUACUAUGUGCCCUGCACCUUCAUUUACCUGCGGCCUGGUUCACAGGAGCCUCUGGAUGGGGUAGUAGCUGUUUUCUAUACAGUCAUCACUCCCUUGCUUAACCCCAUCAUCUACACACUCCGUAACAAAGAGAUGAAGGUAGCCUUGCGGAGGCUGGGAGGCCUCAACGAAGUACAGCCUCACUGACUUCACCCAGCACAGAACACACUGUGGGCACAGAAAUGAAGGGUAGUGGAUGGGACACUAAACAAUUUGGAGAUUUUUAAGACAGAAAAAGAAAGAAUGAUUCACUCACAGAGUAAAGGACUCCUAGAUAGAGAAUUGGGAAAAAGAGAGACAGAGAGAGAGAACUGGGAACCUGGAAAUUGUCAUAUUGUUGAUUGUUCUCAAAUAUGAUUUUCUGUAUGUCACCUUUCAGUAUCAUUGGUAAUCAAUCAAAGCCAUU